ACAAUUCACCAGAGAUCAGGUUAGGAGUAUGAUGCAUUACGAUGUUAAGCACUGAAAGAUAGACCCUAAAGAGUUUAACUGCUUGCCUCCUUCUUUUGAUCCUGAUAAUUGAGAUGGCUGGUCAAUGCUUUGAAAUUCUAUUUUUAAGAAGGAUGAAACUCUUGUGAAAGCUAUUCAUCAUCUCCAGGAGACCCAUGAUCUGAAUAAUGGAGCCUUCGAUCCAUUUUCAUCUGCAUCUGCCACAUUUGAUUUAGGACAAGGGUUCAAUUUUGCAACUGCAAGACAGUCAACCAAGAGGAUGACCAUAAGAGGCCGAGCAAAAAGCAUUGAGAAGUCAUCUAAGGAUGUGCAAGCACUUCCAUCAAAUAGAGACAGAAUAAUUAAACUGCAGAAUGAUCCUUCCAAGAAAAGACAGUCUCAAAGGAAAAAUGCUGAGAAGCAAAAGGAAAUUAUUUCAAGAAUAGGCUUCUUUAAAAAUGAUCCUCUACUGUUGCAGUUUGUUCCUAAUAUCAAGCAAAAAACUAAGAUAGGACUCUCUUGGAAAAAGUUCCUUGCCAGAAACAUUAAAAACUCUGCUCUUAAGUCUAGAUCUAAGGAAAAGGAGAGAACAAAGUCGCCUGCGCAGCGUCAAGUAAGAGCCAGGACAACAUCCCUAACCAAAAGAAUUACCAAGAAUAGAGUAAUUAUCUUUAUAAAAGUCUAGAACCUAG